GGACAUUACAUCUUUGCCCGUCGCGCAGAAGAAGACGCAGACGCAGCCCUCUCUCCUGUUGCACAUCUGCACAAACGCUCCAAGAUGCGGCUCACAGCAGAGUUGAUCAAAUCGUCGCUGUCGUACAACAACCCUCUCAACGAGCGCGAACUCGAUCUUCGAGGCCACAAGAUUCCUCAAAUCGAAAACUUGGGAGUCGCCAAAGACCAAGAAGCCAUCGACUUCACCGACAAUGCCAUCACAUCCCUCGCCGGGUUCCCUCUUUCGCCGCGAUUACAGACUCUCCUCUGCGCGCAGAAUCGAAUAAGCAGCAUUUCCGAGUCGACGAGCAAGAGCGUUCCGAAUCUCCACACUUUGGUGCUUACGCAGAACAAUCUGAAUGAGCUGAGCGAUCUCGAUCCGCUCGAAGGGUUCAAGAAGUUGACAUACUUGAGUCUGGUGGGAAAUCCGGUGGCGAGCAAAGAGAACUACCGGUAUUGGGUGCUAUGGCGCUGUCCGCAAGUUCGAUUCCUCGACUUCCAGAAAGUCAAGGACGCAGAGAGAGUAAAGGCGAGAGAGCUAUUUGGGAGCACAACAGAUGAGCCUACGGAUCUGGCGAAGAGCAUCAUCGCCAAACGAUCGAAUAAGUCUGGCGCUUUCGGCAGUGGCGCGGCCACCUCGAACGGCACCGGAAAGAAGAUUGUGAUCACUGAAGAUGAGAAGAAGAGGUUUCAAUUGCUGGUGCAAAAAGCCAAAACGCUGGCCGAGGUGCAAAAGUUGGAGAAGAUGUUCAACGAGGGUCGACUGCCUGCUGGGGUCAUGGAUGGCGAGGCAAUGGACGAAACUUGAGUGAUAUGCUGCGAGACACACAAUCCCCAGCUACAUCAAAGAACGUUCUACGCGUCUGCGGUUUCAUCUCCAGCGCAGGCCAUGCCCACGACGAACACAGCUCCGCCCCGAAGAAAGUGCGGUGCAGCACGGCGACAGAAAAGAACAAUAUGCCGCCUUCGACAUGAUUCACGGUAGGGAAAGAUCAACGGUUUUAAUGAUGCAUCGCGAAACAAAAGUCCGGUACUUCCGGCUCUGGGUGACAAGGUAUGAAGUGGAUCAUUUGCGCAAUUCAUGGCGAACUCAGGACGACGCGGCCAAGGCAUGCGAUCACUAUUGGCUAUUUGAGCGUUCGUCCUGAUCCAGUCUGCCUUGCAUCGCCAGCACAAUGCUGCAGGCCACGCAGCAGACGGGUAUCUCCCGUGAACGGCUGGCAUCCGUCCUGGCGGGACCGCGAGCUUGGAGCAUGGUUGGUGCUUGCAUGCCACACUCUGUUUCACGAGCGCAGACACGACAGAGGUACCGGAAGCAGAUGAAUGUGAAACGCAGAGAUCUUGACAAGCUUUUUUGUGCUCGGGGGCGCGAGACAACGCGUUCGUCCGACCUGCAAGGCACGUUGCACAAUCGCUCACCAAGAUGCGAUAGUGGAGCACCGCGAUGAACAAGCACAUUGCGGAUUGUAAGCUGACCUGGCCUGGGUCAGCGACGUGAUAUAACCCCUCGCGACUCGCAAACUCUGUCCCCCAACGAUUUCCUAAACAAGCGAGAUGAAACAGUGCCCAUGCGCCGCCAACGUGACUUUUCGACUGCUUUCAUGCUGACAGGUCUCUCAAAGUU